UCUAUAUGUCACGUUUGAUGUAUGUCUCCUUUUCAUUAUAUGAUUUGGUUUAUUUCAACAUAAUUUGUUUCUAUCUUUAAUUCGUCAUUAUUAUCCCUAUUAUCAUUGGAUUUAUCUUUCUAAAUAAAACAAACUAUUUAACCUAUAAUGUGUAUAUAUAUGUAAGUUAAUCCACACGUCCGUAAAAGCUUCAAAAUCAAACUUCUAAUAUCUUAAUAACAUGUCUCAUCUACGAAGGAAGCCAGCUACUUUAGUCUUUAUUGAUGAUAUUAAACCAGGGAACAAUAGUUACAAAUUAAAAGUGCAGGUUAUGAAAUUGUGGAAGCUAUGGAGAUCAAAAAAAGUUGUCUCCAUUGAGAUGGUUCUUGUGGACGCAACUGGAACAAGGAUACAUGCAUCCAUUGAUGAGGAUUUGAUACAAAUAUAUGAAGGAAAAGUGUUUGAGGGUGAUGCUUUUUUUAUAAGCAAUUUUACACUUGUGAAUUAUGCAACAGAGUAUAGGACAAAUCCUUUUCCGUACAAGUUGACGUUUUAUCGAACGACAAACAUUACUCCUUGUGAUGAUUUUCCUUCUUACUUGCCAAACAAGUAUCUGAAGAAUUUUUCAGAGAUUCAUUCUGGGAUCUUCAAGAAUGAUGUUUUGAUUGAUGUUGUUGGUCAGAUUGUUCAUGUUGGUGCUCUCACUGAAAUUUAUGCUAAAGGGAAACAAACUAACAAACUCAAUGUUAUUCUUCGGGAUGAAACUGCUUCAAAUUUGACUUGCACUCUUUGGGGUGAUUAUGGGAAACAGGUUAUAGACUAUGUUGAAGAAAAUAACAACUCAAUUGUUGUUUGUGUUGUGCGUUUUGCAUGUGUGACCGAGUACAAAGGAGUUCACGGUAUUUCGAAUGUGUUUAAUGCAACACAGUUGAUAUUCGAUCCUCCUGGUCCUCAUUUUGAUGAUUUUCGAUCAAAGUUGCCAAAAGAUGACAUUAUUCUCUCACGAGAUGAUGGAUUAUCUGGAUCUACUGUUUCUUGGCAUGAUGAGUUAUUUACUAAAAACCCUAGGAAGACAUUAAGAGAGAUAUUAAGAACUUCCGAGAUUGGAAAGUAUGUCACCACUGCAACUGUUAAGUCGGUGGAAACUAAUCCAAGAUGGUAUUAUGUCGUGUGUGCUGUUUGCGAAAAGACCGUUCAUCCAAUUGAAGAAAACCCUGGUGAUGAAGAGGGCCCAGUCAUGUUUGAUUGUCUACAAUGUAAUCGGAAUGUAACUGAAGUUCUAGCCAAGUUUAAGCUGGUGCUAUUGGUUACUGAUGAUUCCACUGAAGAAGCUAAGUUUCUUAUUUUCGACAAUAUAGCUUAUCCUAAUUUUCUUAAUAAGACAGCAGAUGAAUUAGCUGAGGAAGUGGCUGAGGAUGAUGACUCUGUUUUGCCAAGAACUCUGAACGAUCUAAUAGGCAAAACAUUGCUUUUCAAGAUGGGUGUUACGUCCAAAAAUUUGAAGAGUAGGAAGUCAACUUUUAUAGUUGACAUAGUCACAGAUGAUGAAGUGAUCAUUGAACAGUUUUUGACUCAGAACUUAUCAAAGGAUGCUACUAUUUCAUAUGCUGAUGAUGCUUCGCAGUGUUCCAUUAUGAAAAAUGGAAAUAAUAAAAGGCUGGGUGUCAUGGACGAUGGUGUUGUAAACAAACGAAGGAACGGAAGUUCGUUGGCUAAUUUUAAUGGGAUGCCUCUUGCUGAAGACUUGGUUAUGGAUAAAAAUAUUAACCAUCUCAUUAUGGAUGAGAAGUGUUACAAUCGGGAAGAGUUAAAAGGUGAACAUGAAAAGUUACUAGCAACGAUAACAGAUGAGCAAAAGCUUAUUUAUGAUGAAAUACUACAUGCAGUAAAUCAUAAACAUGGAGGUAUGUUUUUCGUUUACGGUUAUGGUGGGACAGGAAAAACAUUUUUAUGGAGGGUUUUAGGCUCUGCUCUUCGAUCAAGAGGGAAAAUAGUCUUAAAUGUUGCAUCAAGUGGUAUAGCUGCUCUUUUGUUGCAAGGGGGAAGAACAGCUCACUCUAGGUUUGGGAUUCCUAUUGCCGUCAAUGAGUUUUCAACAUGCUCGAUAAGUGCGGGUUCACAUCAAGCAGAUUUGAUUAAAGAGGCUGAACUCAUUAUAUGGGACGAAGCUCCAAUGAUGAGUAAACACUGCUUUGAAACUUUAGAUAGAACUAUGAGAGAUAUACUCAAAUGUGACAAGGUUUUUGGUGGUAAGGUAAUCGUCUUUGGUGGAGAUUUUCGGCAGAUCUUACCAGUCAUAGUUGGAGGCAAUAGAGUGGAAACUGUGUUGUCAGCUUUGAACUCAUCAUAUCUGUGGUCAAGUUGCAAAGUUAGGGAACUCACAAAGAAUAUGCGCCUUCUAGGCGGAGAUAAUAAUGAACUUGCAAUGUUUUCAAAUUGGAUACUGGAUAUAGGAGAUGGGAAGAUUAAUGAGCCUAAUAAUGGUGAGAUAGAGAUUGAUAUUCCUGAAGAUCUAUUAGUAUCAGAAUGCGAAGAUCCCAUACGGGAGAUUGUGAAAGAGGUAUAUGGAAAUUCUUAUACAAGAGAGCGUAACCCCAAAUUUUAUCAAGAAAGGGCUAUAUUGAGUCCACGGAAUGAAGAUGUCGACAAGAUCAAUGAAUAUAUGCUAUCUCAAAUAAAAGGUGAGGAGCGUUCGUAUCUCAGUUCAGAUAGUAUAGAUACUUCUGAUACAAGUAAAAUAGAUGAUAUGGUGUACACUCAAGAAUAUCUAAACAGCAUUAAGAUCUCUGGAUUACCAAAUCAUGAUCUAAAGUUAAAAAUCGGUGCACCUAUUAUGCUGCUUAGGAAUAUUGACCCUAAAGGUGGACUAUGCAAUGGUACAAGGUUACUUGUAACACAAUUAGCAAAUCACGUCAUUCAAGCCAAGUUUAUAACCGGUGACAAAGUUGGCCAAAACGUUUUGCUCCCAAGAAUGUUUGUUUCUCCACCAGAAGCAAGAUUUCCAUUUAGGAUGAGACGGAGACAAUUUCCUGUUGCUCUUGCUUUUGCAAUGACUAUUAAUAAAAGUCAAGGUCAGACGUUACAAAAAGUUGGAUUAUAUUUGCCGAGACCUGUGUUUUCCCAUGGGCAAUUGUAUGUUGCUGUAUCCAGAGUAACGUCGAGGACAGGAUUGAAGAUCUUGAUAACUGAUGAGAAAGGAAAUCCCCAAAAAAGCACAAUGAAUGUAGUAUAUAAAGAAGUUUUCCAAAACAUUUACGCUACAUAGGUGUUUCAAUGUGGUUGCCAAGUAAGUUUUUUUUAUUAUGUUUAAUAUAUACAUAUGUUAACAGUUACUUAUGAUAUUAAUUUAAUACUGAUGCUGACCAUAUCUUCCUGCUUCGCCCACCUCUACCUGACAUGUUUGGUGUAUCAUCUCCAUCACCGUCCUCUCGGCUGACGCUUUCUUGUGCGUGUUAUCUUUCCACUUCUUGUAUAUUGCACCUACUUUGUUUGCCCUCACCUUGGCUCCACUCUCUGUCUUUAUCUGUAUUUAGUUACAAGCGAGCCUCAAGUUAGGACCAUAAGACAUUCUUUAACCAAAAGACAAAUUUCCUUAUUUUGUAAUUAGGGUACGAACCUUCACAAUGGCUGUUAGCCUGUUACACGAUCUCCAUUGUUCAACUUGAUGUACUUUUUACUUUUCUGUUUACCCAAGACAAAUCCAGCUUAAUAAGAUUACAUUCUGAGACAUUAUUAUGAUGCAUAUUAAUUGUUUAAUAUUUUCAAAAAUCAUUUUGCCCGCGUCCACGCGGGCUGGACA